AUGCACGGCGAUCGCUUUAUUCCCUCGCGCGACGGCUCCGACCUGCAGGCUGCCUUCCAGCUGAUUUCCGAGGACCCACUUACGCCUGGGGGGCGGAACAAGCGCAAGAUGGCUUCGGAUAUGGACGCACAGUCUGAAGAGGCCAACGAAACCUACUCGAUGCUCUUGUCGUCCGAGCUGUUUGGCGCAGACGCAGGUAUCGGCAACCCGAGCGGUGUGACAAGCUCGCCGCGCUCGAGCACCGCCCGCAGUGGCGAUCACUCACUGCCCACGACGCCUUCCAAGAAAAACCUUCUUUCGUUCCGCAGCCCCACCUCGGGCUCGUCGACGCCUACGCGCUCGCGCGACCGGAAUCUGCAGGCGUCGCAGCUCUUCCCUGCGUCGAGCGGGCGCCUGCGCGAGUCGUCUUCGUACGACGGGAUCGACAGCGAGCUGUACGGCACGAACCUGUACGCGCGCGGCCCGACACGGCACAGCAUGUCGGACGCCGGGCUAUUUGGCGGCCUGUCGUGCACAUCGAGCCUCGCAUCCUCGCUGUACCCUCCGCGCGACCAGACAGAUUCGCCGGUGCACACGGCGUACAGCACGAGUCCGGUCAAGCCCGAGAGCCAACGCAUCCUCCUCAAUGCGCGGAAGCCCGCGCGGAGUAUCAGCAAAGUGCCGUACAAGGUGCUCGACGCGCCGGAGCUUGCUGACGACUUUUACCUGAACCUCGUGGACUGGUCGAGCCAGGACGUGCUGGGUGUUGGUCUCGGCAAGUGCGUCUAUCUUUGGUCGGCCAAGACCUCGAACGUGACCAAGCUCUGUGACCUGCAAGGCGUCCAGGACAGCGUCACGGGCCUGAGCUGGGCGGAGCGCGGCAACUACCUGGCGAUCGGCACGCACUCGGGCCUCGUCCAGAUCUGGGACGUGGAAAAGGAAAAGCUGCUGCGAACCAUGAUGGGCCAUACUGCGCGUGUCGGUGCAUUGUCGUGGAACAGCUAUGUGCUGACCACUGGCUCGCGCGACCGCACCAUUUACCAUCGCGACGUGCGCGUUCCGGAGCACCAUGUAAAGACGCUCCUUGCGCACCGCCAGGAGGUGUGUGGCCUGCGCUGGAACCCCACGCGCGAGUACCUCGCGUCCGGCGGCAACGACAACAAGCUGCUUGUGUGGGACGGAGUGAGCGAGACGCCGCUGUACCGCUUCACCGAGCACACGGCCGCCGUCAAAGCGAUCGCCUGGAGCCCCCACCAGCAAGGUCUGCUGGCCUCGGGCGGCGGUACGGCGGACAUGAAGAUCCGCUUUUGGAACACGCAGACCGGCACACCCCUCUCCUCGAUUGACACGGGGAGCCAGGUGUGUAAUCUGGCGUGGAACAAGACGUCGAACGAGGUGAUUAGCACGCACGGGUACUCCAGCGGACAGGUGCACAACCAGGUGCAGCUGUGGCGGUACCCCAGUCUGUCGCAGGUGGCGACGCUCACCGGGCACACGAUGCGUGUGCUCUACCUCGCCAUGUCCCCGUCCGGCAAGUCGAUCGUGACCGGUGCCGGUGACGAGACGCUGCGGUUCUGGGACCUGAACACGCCCGCACGCGACGUGCUCGACAAACGGGAAGACCGCAGCGUGCAGUCGUCCUUUGUCAAGCUUCGCUGA